AUGUGUACGAAGGUGAACUUAGCGAAACGAAAAUAUGACAAUGCGGAUGGUAUAGCCGACGAACUGUUGAAUUUGUCGAGGGUGAUUAUAGAAUCGCGAACGAUCCCAACCAGAAGCAGGCAUGCAAAAACAAAAGCGAAGGAAAAGCUCCAUACAGCGAAACGGGUAAAGGAAGAACCAGCACUAAUUUCAAUUACUUGCAAGAAUGCAAUAAAAAAGGCAGUGGAUAAACUGCAGGCUGGAAAAGUAAUUGCGAUACCGACUGACACCGUGUAUGGGUUUGCAUGCAGUGCCAACAAUCCCAAAGCAAUACGUCAGCUCUACGAUAUAAAAGGACGGGAUGAGCUGAAACCCGUAGCGAUAUGUGUGGCAACAGUAAAACAACUUCAACACUGCGGUGAGGCAGAACAUUUGGAAGAGCAGCUUUUGGAAGAUCUGCUGCAAGAAGCGGUAACUAUUGUUAUAAAACGGAAAACAACAUUAAAUCCUAUGCUAAAUCCCGAAGAGCCCAACAUAGGUAUACGAAUUAUAAACUACGGUUUUGUACAGGAUGUAUGUAAAGAGUUUCAACAACCAAUAGCACUGACCAGUGCGAACAAAAGUUCCAGCAAAAGUACACUGAACAUCCGUGAAUUCGAAGACCUUUGGCCGUAUCUGGGUGCAGUGUUUAACGGAGGACAGUUAUCGUUGUCGGAUGAGCAAAGAGUAGGAUCCACAGUAAUUGACUUGUCUGUUUCAAAUUUCUACAAAAUCAUACGAGCUGGAGUAUCGGUAGAAAGAAUUAUUAAAAUAGUAAAAAAAUAUAACAUUCGCCUUGCGUCAGAGUUCCCUGUCUAG